AUGUCUUCAAUAAUUAAUGAGGAAGAAGCUUCAACGUUAGUGGUGUUAUUACAAAAUCUACAUCAAUCUCAAGAACCUAACGUUUCAUAUCAUGCUUUUAAGACAGCGAUGAAUUGUCGUUUGUUAAAG